CCGGUGAAGCGGAACCACGCCAGGUACCGCCGCAUCCAAACUUUGAUCUACGACGCCCUGGAACGACCCCGCGGCUGGGCGCUGCUCUAUCACGCCUUCGUGUUUCUGAUUGUCUUGGGGUGUUUGAUCUUAGCUGUCCUGACAACUUUCAAGGAGUAUGAAACUGUUUCUGGAGACUGGCUUCUCUUGCUGGAAACUUUUGCCAUUUUCAUCUUUGGAGCAGAGUUUGCCUUAAGAAUCUGGGCUGCUGGCUGUUGCUGUCGCUACAAAGGAUGGAGGGGGAGACUCAAAUUUGCCAGGAAGCCUUUGUGCAUGCUGGAUAUCUUUGUGCUGAUUGCUUCAGUGCCAGUGGUUGCUGUUGGGAACCAGGGCAAUGUUCUGGCCACGUCUCUCAGAAGCCUCCGCUUCCUUCAGAUCCUACGGAUGCUCCGAAUGGACAGGCGGGGCGGCACCUGGAAACUUUUAGGAUCAGCUAUUUGUGCACAUAGCAAAGAGCUCAUCACUGCUUGGUACAUCGGGUUCUUGACGCUCAUCUUGUCCUCGUUUCUUGUUUAUCUGGUUGAAAAAGAUGUUCCUGAAAAAGAUGCUAAUGGAGUGGAGAUGAAAGAAGAGUUUGAAACCUAUGCAGAUGCACUGUGGUGGGGGCUGAUCACCCUGGCUACGAUUGGGUACGGCGACAAGACCCCCAAAACAUGGGAGGGACGGCUGAUUGCAGCUACCUUCUCUCUCAUUGGAGUGUCUUUCUUUGCUCUUCCUGCAGGCAUUUUGGGCUCAGGGCUGGCACUGAAGGUCCAGGAGCAACAUCGUCAAAAACAUUUUGAGAAAAGAAGAAAGCCAGCAGCUGAACUCAUUCAGGCUGCUUGGAGAUACUAUGCUACUAACCCCAACAGGAUUGAUUUAGUUGCUACCUGGAGGUUUUAUGAAUCAAUUGUAUCAUUUCCAUUUUUCAGGAAAGAGCAAUUGGAUGGUACUGCCAGCCAAAAGCUGGGUCUCUUGGAUCGGGUUCGUGGUACCAAUACUAAAGGAAAGCUAUUUACCCCUCUGAAUGUAGAUGCCAUUGAAGAAAGUCCUUCAAAAGAACCUAAGAAUGUUGUCUUGAAUAAUAAGGAGCGUUUUCGCACUGCAUUCCGAAUGAAAGCGUACGCUUUUUGGCAAAGCUCAGAAGAUGCAGGAACAGGGGAACCCAUGGCAGAAGACAGAGGCGACAGUAAUGAUUUUCUUAUGGAAGAUAUGAUCCCCACAUUCAAGACAGCCAUCCGAGCUGUCAGAAUACUACAGUUUCGUCUCUAUAAAAAAAAAUUCAAGGAGACUUUGAGGCCUUAUGAUGUAAAGGAUGUGAUAGAGCAAUACUCAGCAGGGCAUCUUGAUAUGCUUUCCAGAAUAAAAUACCUUCAGGCAAGAGUAGAUAUGAUUUUUACACCUGGACCUCCAUCUACUCCCAAGCAUAAGAAAUCCCAAAAAGGAGGAGCUUUUUCUUACCCUUCACAACAGUCUCCCAGAAAUGAUCCGUAUGUAGCCAAAGCAUCUACAGCAGACACUGAAGACCAAAGUAUGAUGGGCAAAUUUGUCAAAGUUGAACGACAGGUAAAUGACAUGGGGAAGAAACUGGAUUUUCUUGUUGAUAUGCAUAUGCAUCAUAUGGAACAGCUGCAAAUACAAGUCGCUGAGAUAAGUCCAUUGAAAGAAACUGCUUCUCCUGCAAGAGAGAAGAGAGAAGAAAACAAAUAUUCUGAAUUAAAAACAAUAAUAUAUAAAUACACUGAGCAGUGUGCUCGUGAAACUCCUUACAACUUCCAACAGGUUCCAGUCAACAAAGUCAGUCCUUAUGGUUUCUCAGCACGAGGUCAUACGACUCAUUCACAACCUUUAUCAACAGGUGGGCAAAACUCUGGCAAACUGCAAGCCACACCUUCCUCAACUUCAUAUGCAGAAAGGCCAACAGUUCUGCCUAUAUUCACACUGAUGGACUCCCAGGUUAGCUACCACUCCCAAGGAGACCUACAAAGCCCUUACUCAGACAAGGUGUCUCCAAGGCAGAGAAGGAGCCUAACAAGAGACAGUGACACUCCAUUGUCCCUUCUCUCAGUCAACCAUGAGGAACUUGAGCGCUCCCCAAGUGGCUUCAGUAUCUCCCAGGAGAGAGACGACUUCCCGUUUGGCCCCAACGGGGGAUCGGCGUGGAUGAGAGAGAAACGCUACCUAGCAGAGGGGGAGACAGACACAGACACAGACCCUUUCACACCAAGUGGCUCCAUGCCUUUGUCUUCUACAGGAGAUGGGAUUUCAGAUUCAAUAUGGACCCCUUCGAACAAGCCAGUCUAAAAGCGCGUGUGGGGGCAGUCACUGGUUGACUUCUCCGUGUAAUGUAAGCAUACUUUGUAUAUCUCACUUACUCUACACCCAAAGCUUACUAGUUCCAAACACCAAUGGCUGCAUAAGAUGCAUGUGAUAUUAGUGGUAGUCAUUCUGCACCAUUUCAUACGAUUUAAUAAUGCAGUUUUUUUCAUGCUACCAAAACUAAGGAGCUUAGUUUUGAGCAUGGUUUGCAUGACUUUACCCUGUAUAAAUGGUACAGCUGAUUUCUUCUAUGAUACAUAUCUAUCUGAUACUCUUCAAUACAACAAUGGUGAAUUGAUAACAGGCAAGAUAUGGUGGUCCUUGCUAUAUUUUGUAAACAGAGCAGCAAAGUAAAAAUAUUUUCAGGAGCAAUAUCCCUUUGUGGAAACAUAACGUAUUAAUCAUUUUUCAGUAUAAAUCAAUAUCUAACCAACCUAGCCAAGAACUUCUAAUGUCAAAAGCACGGAAAAAGCUGAGACAAAGUAUGACCUUAUUGAAAUGGGUUUCUGAACUGUGUUUCUCAUGUGAUUUCUUAUAUAAUUACCCCUGAAAUAUAAUGUUGAAAUUAAGUUAAGGGUAGAAUUUUAAAUCAUCAAAGCCACCUUCUGGGAUUGAUCAUAGCUAUUUAUUUAUUGUAAAAUAUAAAUAUAAAUCCCUCAAACUACUUUGAAAGUCUUCACUAGUGUUUAUAAAAUUGCUCAAAGUGUGACUACAAUGCUAUUUUAUAGAAAAUCUUUCGCUAAGUCCAUUUGUUACUUAUGGGGCUAAAUUUUCUUUCUGUUCCAAAAAUAAGGUUAUUCAGUGUAGGGAAGUCCAGGUUUAUACACUCCACUCAUUUACUGAUUUGUGUGCUGCUAAGUAAGAUGCAUAAUGUAACACUGCCUCAGUUUCCCAGUCUGUUAAUUGGGAAUUAUACUUCCACAUGUAAACGCAGGUUGUAAGGCUCAAGUCACCAAUAUUUGCCAAGUGCUUUGAGCUCCUCAGAUAUGCAGAACAUCAUUAUUCUGUCUUCUGUGAGUCCCACAGUGUGAGAUGCUGCCAGGAUCUGUUUCUCUCUGUUUACUGCUUCUCUUGGAAAUAGACUGCUCCAAAUCCAUGAAUGUUUGCCAUAUUUAAAAUCUAUGUAUGAAUAAAUAAACACCAUUUUUGUCACUUGUCCCUGAGCAGCAGAGGGGUCAGGAUGCUCCCUAAGCCUUGGCCAAAUAUUAUUUUCACAGAAAUUGGAUAUUGUAUUGAGGGAGAGCAGGAAAUUCAUUCAACCCACUGAGAAGAAACAAAUCAAAGAUCUCACCAGCAGGAAUGUAGUACCUAAAAAGCUAGUGAAACUAAGCCUAUCUGAAUAUCCUAUGCAGGUCUUACCUGUGUCAAUCAAGGUGUCCAUAAAAUAACAUCCAUUUGAUUUCAAGUUUGAUGGCUGUACACUCUUUACAUCUGGUGGGAAAUUAAGCAGUGCAGUCAGUGAGCACAGGGUACAAGAACCAAGGCACACGUCAGCUUUAGGAUGAGAUUCAUCUCACCUUUAACUCAAUUAUCUACAAUGACCAAAUUACUACCAGCUUCACAGGGAGCAGAGGGUGACUGACUUCGAUGUCAAAUGAUCAGAGACACCCACAGUCAGUGGGAAGGCUCUCACCUCUACCCCACUGAUCCAAGGUGCAACCUCUCUGUCAUGGCUCCUGUCAAAACGACACCUGUCACUCCACACAAUGGCCAGAGCACUGACCAACAAAGACACAAGCAUUUGGUUCAUGUAAGAUGUUAGAAAGUGGUCUUUCUGUAGUGACUGCUGGUAUUAUACUGCAGCUGCAUAACUGAGCAUCCUUUGCACACCCAGUCAGAGCACAAGAACACGUUACUGGGCUUCCCAGUACUUACUGGGUAUUGAACAGCCCUGGAUAGAGUGCACUUGAAUAGACAAUAUUUUGUUGGGUUUUGCCCACCAUAGAAAAAGUUCAUGUUCAAUUCUUCAGCACUGUUGACAUCUCCUAACAGUAAUUCCAUCCAGGGAGCUUCUAUUCCUUUCCAGAUGUAGGCAUUGCCUUCAUCUUCAUUGUUUAUUCUGUAUUGGAAGAGACAUCUAAAGGAUUAGGAUCUUCUUACUUCAUCUGCUUCUUCUGCUAAAUCGUGCUGCAUCCUUUUGGGAUGGAUCUUCAGGGAGAACAAAUUGCUGUUGUUAGUGGAGUAAAUAAUGCAGACCAGUUACAGCCUUUGAAGACUGGCCUGAGUCCAUGGAGCUGUUCUGAGGCUGAUAACUAUGACGACAUGAGGCACAAUUUUGGUAAUUACUUAAUUGACAGAAUAGCCAUUGACGUGAAAGAUAAUCUCUGUUUGGUGCAAUUUUUGUGGCUAAAUUUGCAGAGAAUAAAACUAACUCACAAACUCAUUAUAAUUUGGUAUAUUGAGAAGAAUUCUUUGGGCUUUGAUGAUUCUUGGAAAUACCUGUUUUGCACCUGCUGCAGGCUUUUUGAUAUAGGAAUAGACGCCUGUGGCAAAUCGUGAGAUUUAACCCUCACACAACAAGAGAAUGAAAAAGAAUGAAAAAUGAUUUUGACAUUGCUACACUUCUGAAAUUGGUGUAAGUGUAUGCUAGACAAGCCUGCUUAUUUGUCAAGGGCCUGUCAUUCCUACUGAUUUCAUCUGAGUUUGGUCCUUCUUAAAAUGCUUUCUAGAUCAGAGCAAUCAAAAAUCAAGGCAGCCAAAAAGCAGGUACAAUCUGAGAAAUUUGUUUGUGACUGUCUUUGACAGUGUCUGUGCCAUGCAGUUCCCUGCCCAAUUCCCACUUAAAUUCUUCAGUUCGAGUUUCUAUUCUUUCUCAUGCCAGGUGAUAUAAAAGGAAUCUUCACUCACUAUUAAAUCUGGCUGAAAAUCCAUAAAUAGCCUCAUUGUAAAGGUAUGUUCUUUCCAAGAGAAAAUCCAAGCAAGGGUAGAGACUUGGAUGAGUCUUCACCUGCACACAGAGUGCAGCCCCAGAGAAAGCAGGAUCUUUUUCCACAUACAAUUCACAAUUUCAUUUGAGAGAGCUCUCUGGGUCAACAAUAGUCUUCACAAUAGGAAUGAAUUAGAUUUAUUCCUUCUGUUUCUGUGUGAUGGUUCAGUUUAGGAGUUACCAAUGCUCUUCGGGUCAGAUCUUUCUAGCAUAUCAACUGACACUUUGUUUACAUGUGGUUAAUAUAAAAGAGAACUGACCACUGGAAUCCACUCUUUGAUGACUCUUAAUUCAUUCCUUGAGAUAUUUUUCAUAAUCACAAAGCGUGGAGCUUUUCUCUGUUCUCCUUGAAGUCAGAAACCUUCUCAGACUGAUGGUGUGGGAGCAAGGCUGAGUCCUAACCUGCCUUUAUUUGUGAAUUUCCGUAUGAUAGACAGCACUGAUCUGGAAACAUUUUUCUGGGCUACAUUUUAGCCUGAUUUUCAGUCCCUAGUGAAUGCCACACAUCUGAAAGUUUUCAAAAAGGUGAAUUUGUGUUUACAUUGUGUGCCUCUCUUUGCAGCAUUAUUAUCAGUUGAGGUUCCUCACUUUAGAUUCAAAGUGGGAAUACUUGAUUAAGACAGAAGGGAAUGUUCAGUUGAAGUAUGCAGGUAUAGAAAGUGUGGUUUAUGCUCUGUUUAAGGAGAACUUUAAAAAAAGGUCUAGUCAGGUAAUGGCUGUUGUCACUGCCUUGGCUUUUCCCUGCACUGAAUUAAUCAGUUUGGUUCCCAUCCAAAUAAAAGGGAAUUCAACAUGUGGAGAGAUUGAUUAAAAAGUCCCUAAACUGACUUCGGCUAUAUUUGCUCUGUUUUUAUCUGUAACUUUGCUGCAUUGUUACGGUUCAGAGUGGAAGUAGUUUAAAAUUUUUCUGCUCCAAGUUGUGGCCCAGGAGCACCACAAACUCAACCCAACCUGAACCCGCACUCAGUGGGGCUGCUGCCUUGUGGCCUUCAGGCGAGCACCGAGGUCCAACCAGUUUGCAAGAUCACAGCCUAAAGCAGUCAGAAAAUUCAGAGUAAGGAGCAAAUUCGGCCUUGCUGGGAGCCCAGUUGCUGCAGAGGUGUCAUAUCUGCUUAGGUAAGAGCUAAAUUCGUACUGCUUUACUGAAGAGCAGGUGAGAAAGAGCUGGAUCUUGACUCCUUGCACCCCACAGCCCCCACCACCAAGCUUUAGGUGCCUAAGAGGGCAAACCUAAAUUUUCUGAAUUUGGUGGGAUAUCACUUUUUCAGGAGCCCAGCUGAAUGUGGAUGUUCACCCUGGAAGACUAUUUUCAGAGGUACGGAGGAAUAAGGGGCCAUUUUCAAGUGUUUUUAGCUGGGCGCUGUGGGAAUGAAGAUCCUGGGUAUCAGUUUUGCUUCUGAUUAUUUAGGCUGUAAGUAUUGAUUCUUCCAAAUUCAGCUUUGAGUAGCUUCUCUCUGAAGUUAGGUGAAACAAAAUACUGAAAGUGGGAUCCUAUUCCGUCGUCGAGAACGUGCUGGGACUGAAGGUUACAUAGCCAACUGCAUUUUGUUUUCUAGUUAUAGCAUCUUAUUAUUACUAGUAUUUGUGCCUUGCUCACUGAAAUUUUCUCCAUGCUACAAAGAUGCUUUUUCGGAUUCUGGCUGACAAGGGAACACAACUUUUAUACAAGUGGCCUUUAGUGCUCUUUAUAAUAUUAUUUAUUGUAAUUUUUAAACAGUAUGUGUAAUUUCUAUUCUGGCACUGUCCAAUAUUUGAACAACUUUAAUAUGUUUAUUUCAAUAUAUUAUGCAAACAAUACUUCUUAACUGAUUUUUUUAUGUUCUGUCUUUAAAAACUGCACCACUUAUUAAUAAAUAGAAAUUUCAAUUA